AUGCACGCUCAGCGACCCAGCAUCAGUCCGCUCAGCUCAAAAGCCUCACCGAUUGCGAAUCGCGAUGCCCCUAUGCGAGACACUGAAGCGGAGGACGACGCUCUCCCCGACGGAACUGUCGACCUCGCCGCCGACGUCGGCGACGAUCGCUCCAGCAGUCUUAGUGAUCCUGAGGACGAUCUAGAAGAAGAUGGCGAAGUUUUUGGCAGCAGUUCUGCAAAUAUCGCAGCAGAAGAGCUCACGGCGCAUCAGUCUAUGGAGAUUGACUCGGAAGCAGAGACAGAGCGUCUCGAGAAUACACCAGACAAAUUGCGCAAGCAAGCAGAGAACGUUGGAAGGACGCCCAGUAAAUUGGUCCACGCUGCUACCGCUGAUGACGAGGCAUUGGACGACCUUUCAGAGCCUCCAUCACCGAUUCUCCUCGCACAGGGUGGGCCGUCAAGCACAAGCACCAUUGACGCAGCUGGUCAGUGGCACUCAGCAGCAACCCGCGGUGAAGUCGACACUGACCUUGAGGAAGCAGCGAAAAAGCGAAAGCGAUCACAAUCAGAGGAGAGCUCGUUGAGCAGUCCAGAAUCCGAUCUAGGCGAGUCGCCUCGAAAGCGGAGCCACAGUGCGGUCGCCAACGAUACCACCGCGAACGGCGAAACGCAACCCGAAGAUGCGCCUGCAGACGCCGACGAACCAAUCGACGAAGAGGCUGAAGCUGCAGCGAUACCAGAGCCUGUAAAACCGGGACGCAAAAAGGGUGGUCGACCGCCGAAAAAGGGUCGUCCAAAGCUUGAGCCCGCGAAAGAGACUGAAGUGGUGCAAAGUGAUGCAGUGGUACAGCCAGAGGAAGAGCAGAAUGAAGAAGCGGCUGCCAGGUCAAAAGAAGAGUCGGAGCGCAAAUUGCCUGCGUCGACAGCAUUCGAGGACCUGGCAAAACAAUUCGCCGCUUUUCGAGACAAGGUGCAUGGAGAGAGAUUGGCUGCAAUGGACGCAGAGCUUGAUCUUCUCAAGCAGCCCGACUGCAAACAUCCAGAAUACUUGCGACAAAUCGCAUGCAUAGACGCACGAUAUUCGAAGCAGGCCACCGAGACCCGCGCGCUGCGAAAGUUCAAGCUGGAAAGCCUCCGACGGACCACAUUGGCAGAGCGGAGUCAACUGCAUAGCCAAUACUUCCAACACGCGCGCGAACUCAGAGAAAAUGUCAUGGUCAAGCUCGGGGAGGACUGGUACAAUAUUCAGAAAGAGCGUCGCCAAGCGAAUCAAAGCGAUGACGAGGCGUACAUGUUCAAGUUCCCGACAAAGAAGAGCGUGCAGAUCCGACAACAGGCCAAAUACAACCAGGAGGUAUCCGUGUUGAGCGGCAUUGCAAAGUAUGUCGGCUUCCCAGCUGCACCGGAUAUCGCAGGCGCCGAGGGCGAUGCACUGGACUCCGACCUCAAGUCGAUGAAGAUCAACAAGCGCGCGGCUCAGCCAGCAGCCCAGCCUGUGUACUUUCCCAACCGCACUGGUUUUGUACAGGCGCAAAGCGAACGAAUCGCACACGAGCAGUUUGUCGAGCAGAAUGCUUGGGCCAGGUCGCAAGGUCCGAUACUCAACCAUGGACCCCCUGGUUUGACACAUACUCCCGACUGGGCUUCGGAGCCCGGUGCGCACACCGCGAAGCAAUUGAUGCGGAGUCUCAACGGGACAGCCACAAACGCACAUAGCCCGUAUGCUACGCCCAAUCCACAGAGGCGGCUGCCCGAGCAUUCGAGUGCAGGAACGAUUCCGGCCAAUAGUGAUCCGGUCGACGCACCAUCGAGUGUCGUAGCAGCCCCGCCAACGACGGACAGAGUACACUACCCUCACAUACCGGCCAAUUCGGAUCGCAUACACAGCUUCCGACCGGCCAGCAAUGACAAUGACAGCAGGGUGGCUCAGCAGCAAAUUUCUCACAAUUUGAAGCUUCUGCGCCUCACUUCGCAUCAUAUCGCUCACUUCUCGAGAUCUGUGCACGGCCUCUCUCAUAUGCUCAUGAUCCCUUCCUUCUUCCACUACUCGCUCACGAUGGCGGCCAUGCGAGCAGACAACGAGGCAGUCCAGACAGGUGCCAGCACUGCGGUCGCGACUCCAGCAGAUGCUCGCUUCGAAGCAUUCGCACAGGCACUCGACACAUGUGUCGAAACCGAGGAACGUGCGGCAGAUCAGCGUGCCGAAGGUGCAGAGGAUCCGGAUACCGACCAACGCCGUGCGAGAGACAUCGCUGAGGUGCAUCGCGCAUUGACGGCGUGGGCAACAAAGGGUACAGGCAGUGCUACUGUCUCUGGCGAGCAACCAAGAGGCACACUCUCCGCCUUCAUGUACAAGAAGCAGGACGAUGCCUACAUGAGAAUCGAGGCAGAGGUCGACCCCAAGGACAGAGGAUUUCUUCCCGACAACGAGGACCUCGUUGCUGGAUUCAUUCAUGCUUUCGGUUUCGCUAUCCCUGGCGAGGAAGAUGGGGCGGAGGAGCUGUCUUCCGUUCAGCGGGUGCGGCUAGAGGAUGCGCUUGAGGCGUACUUCGAGGCGAUGAAAGCCAACUGUCCGGAGGAUGAUGAUGAAGAUGGAGAAGAGUCUUCUGAUGACGAAGGCGGCUUCAACUGGGCUCCACCAGAGAUUCCUGGACUGAUUGACUUGGAGGAGUUCAGACAGCGUAUGAUGGGCCCAAGGACCGUGCGUGAGAUUCUCGGGAUUGAGGCGGGAGACACGGGCGACAAUAACGAGACCAGCGAUACCAUCGAGACGGGCGAGGCGGGCGAAAUUGGCGGGAAAGCAUCCUCUGCCUGA